UGCUGGGUGCCACGGUCGGCACCCAGGAUGCAGAGACGGAGACCCUGCCCUCAGGAGCACUCAGUCUAGACACGUAAACAACUCAUUGGGGCAACCAUGGGACAGAGUGAGCCAAGUGCUUCAAGAGGCCCCCAGAGAGCCAGCCCCAAGAAUCAUUUUCUUUUGACAAAUGGCUGGGCUGCAAACCUCUUCCUCCCUACUCCCCACCCAGUCCCACAUCCCCUUUCCCCAGCCACUUGCCUCGGCCCUUCUGGAUAUCUCCUCCUGGACUGCCUUCUACUCAGAGAUGCCAGUCCUCUCCCUCCCCUCUGAGAACAGGAAAAGGAUGUGAGGGUCCAGGAAGGGGACUCACAGGGGGCCUAGGGUUCAGAACGUGGGGAAGGAGUCAGAACUGAGGGUUUCCUGCCCCCUCCCAAAGGAGGUAUGAGACUAAUUGUCUGUGAGGGACAGGGAAGUGGAUGGGUCAAAGAGGACUGGCUCUUCCAGAACCUAGGACUCAAAGAACCUGGAAGAAGCGAGGGCCUCACCUGUUAAGCGGGAAAGUGAUGUCAGUGGGUCCCUCCCCACUUUCCUGGAACACCUGGAAGGAGUCCUGGCUGGGGACCUGCCUUCCCUGAUGCCUAUCUGUCCUCCCUUGUCUUCCCCAUCCACGCCUUCUCCUGUUUCACUGCCAUCUUUAUGUCUGUCUUUGGACUGUGUUUUUCUGGGCACCAUCCUAUCCAUCUGUGUCUUCUCUGCCACCUGGGCCUCCUCCCUCCAUCUCUGGCUGUGAUCCCUCGCUGCCUUUUGGGGUGUCUCUCUCUACACUUCCCUGCAUUGGCAUUUUGUUCUCAUUUCCUGUCCCCAUGGCUCACUCUGGGUCAUUUCUGCUUUUAUCUUUGGUCCUUGGCUCCCAUCUUGGUCUUACCUUUUCUUGCCACGUCCCUGUCAUCUCUGAUGCUGGCUUCCACCCCUCCAUCCAUCUCUGUGCUGGGUCCUGCCACUCUCACUCCCUGUUCACCUUGGACCUUCCCCUGCCCAUCUGAGCAGCAGCGUCCCAUCCAGCCCUCUUUCACCAAGUCCCUCUGCCGUGAGUCCCACUGGAAGUGCCUGCUGCUCUCGCUGCUCAUGUACGGCUGUCUGGGGGCCGUGGCCUGGUGCCACGUAACCACGGUGACCCGCCUCACCUUCAGCAGCGCCUACCAGGGCAACAGCCUCAUGUACCACGACAGCCCCUGCUCCAACGGCUAUGUCUACAUCCCCCUGGCCUUCCUGCUCAUGCUGUACGCCGUCUACCUGGUGGAGUGUUGGCAUUGCCAAGCCCGCCAUGAGCUGCAGCACCGUGUUGAUGUGAGCAGCGUGCGGGAGCGUGUGGGCCGCAUGCAGCAGGCCACGCCCUGUAUCUGGUGGAAGGCCAUCAGCUACCACUAUGUCCGCCGCACCCGCCAGGUCACCCGAUACCGCAAUGGAGACGCCUACACCACCACCCAGGUCUACCAUGAGCGCGUCAACACGCACGUGGCGGAGGCCGAGUUCGACUACGCGCGCUGCGGCGUCCGCGACGUGUCCAAGGCGCUGGUGGGGCUGGAGGGCGCGCCGGCCACGCGCCUGCGCUUCACCAAGUGCUUCAGAUUCGCCAGCGUGGAGGCCGAGAACGCGUACCUGUGCCAGCGCGCGCGCUUCUUCGCCGAGAACGAGGGCCUGGACGACUACAUGGAGGCGCGCGAGGGCAUGCACCUCAAGAACGUGGACUUCCGCGAGUUCAUGGUGGCCUUCCCGGACCCGGCCCGGCCGCCGUGGUACGCCUGCUCGUCCGCCUUCUGGGCCGCGGCGCUGCUCACGUUGUCGUGGCCGCUGCGCGUGCUGGCCGAGUACCGCACGGCCUACGCACACUACCACGUGGAGAAGCUCUUCGGCCUGGAAGGUCCCGGCUCGGCGAGCAGCGCGGGCGGCGGCCUGAGCCCCAGCGACGAGCUGCUGCCGCCGCUCACGCACCGCCUGCCGCGGGUCAACACGGUGGACAGCACGGAGCUCGAGUGGCACAUCCGCUCCAACCAGCAGCUGGUGCCCAGCUACUCGGAGGCGGUGCUCAUGGACCUGGCGGCGCUGGGGGCGCGCUGCGCGGGGGCGGCGGGCGGCGGCUACGCGCCCACGUGCCGCUACGGCGGGGUGGGCGGCCCGGGCGCGGCGGGCGUGGCCCCGUACCGGCGCAGCUGCGAGCACUGCCAGCGCGCCGUCAGCAGCUCGUCCAUCUUCUCGCGAAGCGCGCUCAGCAUCUGCGCCAGCCCGCGGGCCGGGCCCGGGCCCGGAGGCGGGGCGGGCUGCGGGGGCAGCCGCUUCUCGCUCGGCCGCCUCUACGGCUCCCGGCGCAGCUGCCUGUGGCGCAGCCGGAGCGGGAGCGUCAACGAGGCGAGCUGCCCCACCGAGCAGACGCGGCUGUCGAGCCAGGCCAGCAUGGGGGACGACGAGGACGACGACGAGGAGGAGGCCGGGCCGCCGCCGCCCUACCACGACGCCCUCUACUUCCCGGUCCUCAUCGUGCACCGGCAGGAGGGGUGUCUGGGCCACAGCCACCGGCCGCUGCACCGCCACGGCUCCUGCGUAGAGACCUCACUGUGACCUCCGGCCCCGGGCAGCCCGUCGCCCUCCCUCCUGCCCCUCGCGGGACUGAGCUUCUUGCGUGUAGCAGGGGGGUCAUGAUGGUGACCGAGGCUGUGCUGGGCACGGCGCGGGGAGCGGGGAGGCGACGGUGCGCGGGACAGACCCCAUGGGGUCCGGAUCCCCCGCCUUCCCUGUACAUAAAGAGACCGAUGGGUGGGAGGGGAUGGGCGGGGGGGGGCUCCGGAGAAUCCCGGCACGGUGGGCUCUUCCAGCCCCGUCCCUGUCCUAGGGGGACACCUCCCCGCCCUACACGCACACUCGAGAUUUCCCGUCCAGCCUUUCAACGGAUCUUCUGACUGUUAGUGGAGGCCGUGCUGUGGCACCGCGUGGGGCCUGUCUCCAGUGUGAGGCCCCUCGCUGUGCAGCUGGGGAGGUUUAGAGGCGUGGGGAAGGGAAAUUGGGGCUUUCCUUCCAUCGCUGCCUGGCCCCACCAGGGCCUCUCUCUACUGAGGUCGCCGUGGUUUGGCGAACAGCGGGGCUGGCUUCCAACCAGCUAAUGAAUUCAGUGGGUCUGAAGCCGGGGCCAGAUGUCAGCCCCGAUGCUCCAUCUCAAAACCGUGCAAAUGUUGCUAUCCUCUUCUUGGCGCUGGCCCCAACCAUCGGGGUUUCCUUUCUGCCACUCCCUUCACUGCUGUUUAUCUCGCUGGGCCCCUGGAGUGUGGGUCCUGGAGGGACUGUGCUCACACUGCACACGUCACUCCCCCUGCCCCCCUCCGGCUCUCUGGCCCUAAAGAGUACUUGCCCAGAGAGGAGGGAGGCAUAAUGUGGAGGGCAUGUACCUCAGUCCUUUCUCUAAACUCUGCAGCCCCCUGGCAGCAGCAGCCUCCUCACCUGGGUUCUGAGAGGGCUCUCCCUUCAGUUGAGGGGGUUGGGGGGUGGGAUACCCUCCCCCUAGGCGCGUUCAUUAAAGCUGGCCAACGUGAGUGGGUGGGAAGAGUGGGAGACAGACCUGGGUGACAAACUCUAGAAGCAGGUGGGAUUCAAAGAGGAGAGGGCAGUGGAGGGAGACUGAAAGGGGUGUCUGGGGCAACUUUUGCUUCCCCAGACUUGGGGGGGGGGGUGCAAAGGGUGGUUGUCCCCACACAUUACCUCUGUAGGACUGAGGAUGUCCUCACAAGCCCCAGCUGGAGAAAUGAA